ACAAAUGAACUAUGAACGAUAGAGACGGUAGAUACCCAACUCAACAAAACAAAUGUCCGAUUCGUGCGCCCAUUUCGUAAGUUCCUCGAACGAUAAUUUUGAUCAACGCCCUUUAAAUGUAUUGGAUUAAUUUCCUUCAACUUUAAAUUAUAAUUUUUUUGUAUAACACGUAAUCUUUAAUUAAUAUACGGUUUGCAGUCGUUGCACUACUUCCAGACUACGACGGUUUCUUAAUUUCUAAUGAACCAGUAGGCGAGAGGAAUCAAGUUUCAUUUUCUAUUUUCCAAGUGUUUUCACGAAGGAUGUUUAGUUGGAGAUACGUGCAAUACAAUUGAUAGCCUUUUGCAAACCGAGUUCCGCCUGUUCCGAAGAUGACAGGAAACGGAGAACUCCUUUCACCCUAGAGUCAGUGUUAUGAUUGUUUUCUUUGAUGUGGAGUUCGUCAUAUAAUAAACGAGGCACGAAUGGUUACUCCGAGGAGCGAGGUGUGCAAUGGUGAUAGCAAAGAGCAAGAGAGUUAAUCCACAUAUGAACACCACAGUGAAAAAUAUGGAUUACAACUGGACACCUGCUCCAGAGCCACCGAAUAACCAGGAGGUGGCUGUGCCGAGAGCAGUCUUCAUACCUCAUUCAAACUCUUUGCCCUUCGACGAAAGACGCGUCUCAUUAGAACAACCCGUCAAGAUCGGGCGUAACGUGUACCGGGCGACGGCCUCCCCAACGAACACAAUAUUCGAAUGCAGAGUCCUCUCGCGUCAUCAUGCUACCUUAUACUACGAGAAAGGCCAUUUUUAUCUUGUGGACAAUCAAAGCAGCAACGGCACGUUCGUCAACAACAACCGGUGCACACUGACGAAGGAGCCGCACGAAGUUUUCUCCGGAGAUGUAGUCCAGUUCGGCAUCCCCGUUGUCGAGAAUGCUGGCCACACGGAAAAGAACACAUUUCCUCCCGUGGUCGCGCUCCUCAAACUGUUCCAUCCAGACGGCAAUGAGGCCAAGCUGUCGUUCAACCCCACGACGACAACGCCACUGCACCUCAAAGAGUUAUAUCAGCUAAAUAAUUUCGUACAGGAAGCAGUGCAACGUGAAGCAUCGCUCGAAACCCGGCUGCGCACGUUACGGGAGUGCGUUGAACGUACGCGCGCUGACGCCGCCGCUUCGUGGGAGAUGUUUGUGGGCGAACAGAGACUGUUGAUGCGCGUGCACACACUCGAAGCCAUGCUGGCCGCGGGGAAACACCCCGAUCAUUACAGCGUCGCCCAGCUACUGAACGAUAAGAGGAAUUACCAGGAAGUCGCGCAGGACAGUCUACGUACAGCUCACGAGCAAAGGUUGGCCUUAGAGGAGUCCUUAGAACGGCGAAGUCGCGAAUCGGCCUCGUUAAACCAACAGAACUACACUCUGCGUCAAGCUGCAACCAACGCACUGCAGGAGUUGCAGAAACUGGCAGCUCGCUGCGAUCGGAAGAUGUGUGCCGCUCGACUUGCCAUCGCAGCCGCCGAGGAGAGGGAACAGGCGCUUAGGAAACACCUGCCGCUUGCUUACUCUGUCCAAAACGGCGAGGCAAAGAUGCUGGUGGUUUCGACCGAUAGCAACAAGUUACAAGAAGCGAAGCGUGGAGGUUCACUCGAGGAUGCGAUUCGAGCGUUGCCCGACUACAUUAAACUUUUACUGCCUCAGAAUUUGCUUAAUAAGGUUGGCAUAAAAACGAUAUCAGCCGAAGGGAAAUCGGCGAAAGAGUUCGAAUUGAUACUGAAAAAGAACAAUAUAUACAACUCUGAAGAGAAGCAGCAAGUUGAAGAAGGUGUCGUUAGCGGUAGCGAAGAGAAAACCGAGGAGGACCUUUGUACUGACGACGAGAAGAAUUCGCGGCUUAACCACGAUGGAGGACAUGAAAUGGAAUCCUUGAGUCCGUUAGAUGGUGAUCUGUGUCCGGAUAAUAACGCUAAUUCAACCUACACGGAAGGGGACUUCAAGGAGGACUCCCCAAGCAAAGCUGGCGUCGAAUACGCGAACGUCCUCCGCGUGAUGGCGGGUCUCAAUGAAGAAAUCAAGGUUCUGCGGGAGAGGCUCGGUGCGGAGGUAGCUGAGAACGAGCAGCUCCGCGGCGUCCGCGACGAGCUGUUGGCUGCGCAGGAGGAGCCUCGAGCGCCCGCGGCCGCGCCCGCAUCCGCUGACGAUGCCGCUGCGUACCGCGCGCGCAUUGCCGACUUGCAGGAGCAACUCUCGCGAACGGCCGUGGCUGGUGAGGCCAACCUCGCUGAGAUCCAGCGGCUUGCGUCCAGCGCGGCCGACAUGCAGGCCGAGCUCGCGUUCCGGCCGACUCGUGCCGACAUCGACGACCUCACGGCCGUCGUCGGAAAACUACGUGCCGAAGUGCUUGCGCGCGACCAGCAGAUCCAACGUUUCCAAGCCGCCAUGGAGCAGAAGAGCACCGCUGACAAGGCCAUAGAGACCAACGACCUCGACACCGAGCAAGACGAAAACAUCGACGCAAAGCAGAUAUCCGCCGAAAUCGACGAAAUGUUCCGUCUCGACUACGACGACGAAGAGGAGGAGACCGAUUCCGUCGCCACAGAGAUCAAUAAAGACGACAGCGACAAAGACAUCGAGCAAACUCCUAACACGGAGAGCUUCGUUAGCGAAUACGUACGUCUUCAAGACGAUGUUAGGCUCCAAGUGACCAUGCAGAAUGGGAGUUUACACGCACUUGAAGAAGAGCUGGUAAGAGCCAAGGAGAGAUGGGCCGAGGUUUGCGCAGAAAGAGCCCGUCUCGCAGCUCAGCUAGCGACUCUUAAAAGCAAACCUCUCCGGCUAGACCUGACGCACGUAGUAGCUCUAGCCGUGCCCGUCCUCUUCGCCUGCCUCUACUACCUCCUGCUGCCCUACAUCUCCUGAUGGACGGCCACGUGGGACCCCCCCGGGUACGCGUAACCCCGACCACCGCCCGCGACGCCGCCGACGCGCUUCGUGGACGAUUAAAGUUCAAACUUUUGCUCACUACUCUUCUUUAAUAACUUUUAAGUGAAAAACUGUAAUUUUGUUAAUUCGUAAAGAAUCGCUUUAGGGCAAGUGUGGGCCGGUGCACGGCUGGGGUAAAGAUUUUAACAAACGUAUUUAAUAAUGUUAACGAAAUCACGUCAUCGAUCUGAUUCUUUGUGUGUUUCCAUGCACAUUACUAGUUUACAAUUACUAACGAAAUGACGACAUGUUUAUCUUAUUGGUUAAGUGCGAAGUGCGAUCUUAUGCACAAGAAAACUUCAUACUCUCAUUUUUAUAAAUGCGAAUCCACUUAUAUCAGUUAAUAAUGGAUUAUGAUGUAAUUUUCCGAACAUUGAAAUCCAUUCUUUAUUUCGAUUAGAUAAGAAUUAAAAUUAUAUUUUCAAUUUAAAAUCAUUUCCCCUUACCGUGAGCCAGUUUUCGUUUGUGACUGCGAUACUACUUUUAACUACUGAUUCGAUCGGCCUCUUUCCAUGUUUGCACUUUCAGUUAAAAAGGUAGUAUUUACACAGGAAGGAAGAAUUAAGAGAAAGCAGAAAAUAUAAAUGGUACGUACACUUAUAUUAUUGCAGAAAUAUCAUGUCCACCACUUUAAACUGGUGCACAAUCCAGCUUAGCGUGAUAUACUGUCCAUCAUAUCACAUCGUCGAGAUGCUCAUCCGCUGCGGUUGUACGUUGCGGCGUAAAAGGGUGUGUGCGUUGCGAUCUGAGAAAGUUACGUUACCGCAAACGGUAUGCAUUUAGUCACAAGCGGUUAUGUGUUUUGGCGUGAUAAGGUGUGCGUUUGGGCGCAAAGGGUUGUGUGUCGCGGCGCGACGCACUUCUACAGCCUUCCGACUCCUACAUUAUUUUCAGCCACUCGUGCAUAUUUCCAAGAGUACUGAGUUUUGCUUGUAUUAUACAGGACAAGUUCCUGUGUAAAUACUCUGAUAACUAAAUUAAUGUAAAGGCUUAAUUACCGUUACCGGUCGAAGGUUAUAAAUAUAUUUACGGAUUAGAUUAAUUUAGUAUGUAUUGUAAAAAAAAAUAAUUACGGAUAGAUAUUAUAUUAUUACUGACCUUUGUAUCGAUAACGGUCGACGGGAGGUCGAUUCGAAUCGUGCGGAUGUCGCGAAUUCGAAUCGUUGAAUCGAAGGCUCAAUAAAGCUUGCCGUGCAAAUUUCAUUUAUGUUUGCGGCCAAUUAGAAGACACUCCGGCUUGCUUGGGCUUCUUGAUAUUGGUCGCAGGCAGGGUGAAAUUGGACACCUUGCUUUGACUUCGCUGCAAAGAGAAUCGUCUGAGUAGCUAUAUUGUACGAGAUUCAUAUAAAAAACAUAUUGAAAAAAACAAGAAUUAUGUUGUUCGAUCAUAUAACUAUCAAACAGUUUUAUUGGUUGAAUUUUUAGAUCGCCACCUUCGAUUACAAAUAUACAGGAUGUGAUUAUCAAUCCUCAAAAAGACUAAAGUGUCUGAAAAAUAAGUUCAAGUGUUAUGUUUUCUAACUUCCUUAUAAGAAUAUGUCUUUUAACGUUCGAAAAAGCGAUAACAGUCACAGAAUAUCCGAUGAAUAUGCUAAGUAGGACCAAACAUAUUUGAAGUUGUUUUCAAUACUUUUAAGCAACAUACACUUGUGGUAACUAAAAACCUAGAAGCUUUUUAUGUUACAUUUUCUAUAGUGACAUAUCUAGUACAUUGUUGAUCGAAGUCAGGCAAAGUUAAUGUAGAGAAUGUAUGAAAUAGACCGUUCGCGUACAAGCUUGCAUCGAAAAUUCCAUUUUGUAGUGGCGUCGGGGUGGUUGGUGCACGUUGUUAAUGCAUGUAAGAUACUAGAGUUGUUUCUGUAAAAGUGUCAGUAUCCUAUCGAUAAAUAUAAAUUUGUUGUUAUAUCUGCCAUAAUAAAUAACUUGUACAUUUUUAAUCUUAAGGCCUAACGACUGUCUUGAGUUUUAAUAAAAAAAUAAAUUAAUAUAAAAAUUUAUUAUCGUGCGAGCUUUUGUAAAUUUUCGAUCGUACGAUUUAUAGGUGGCGAAAUAAAAUUCCCCUUGUUGAACUAUGUACGGUACCUACCUAUUUUAGGUGUCGAUAUAGACUCAGAGCGGAUGUAAUAUUUCAUAUGAAUCGAAUGCAUAAAAAAAAUAUAGUAUAUAGAUAAAUAAUGUUAAAGGCUUUUGGCCUAUAUUUGAUCAGCCUAUCUAGCUCAGAAUUGGUGAUUUACAGCGUCGAAAUUGUCUUAAUGGGCUGAAUUUAUGGUACAAACAUUUGAAAGAGUCCUCACAAGCGUAUAGAGUUAACAACAAGUUAAACGCUAUUAGACCUGUAUAGUAGCUCUUGUAAAGCUGUAGAACGCGCUGUAGCUAUUUUACAGCUUUAAUAGAGUGUUAACUUUCGGGCUAUUAGGGGGUGUUCGCUGAUAGUAAAAGAUUGCAAGAGGUCAUUAUUGCUGUCAAAGUUCGUUACCAGAGGCACGUGUAAAAUAAAUCCUUAUAAAAACAUUCGAUGAAUAUGAAGUUUUCAUUCGUCUCUCAUUCUUCUCUAAAGCUACUUCUAUAUUCUCGUCGAGAAUACUCGAAGAAAAACAUGGAUUUUGUCAAGAGCUUUAUAAUUUUUUAUACAAGUUUCUUAUUUUUUUAGUACGUGGACGUUAUCACAGGGUAUCACAAACCCAGUCCAGCAUGCAGUUCAUUUCGAAUUAUUUUAUUUGAAUGUGGAGAGAAUGGCUAUUUAUUAAUAAUAAUUGACAUUUGCGAGUUGGUGCCGCGUAUGAGCGUGUAUGGUAUACCCUUAUGUCAACGAUUAAAUGUAUUCUUGUAUCAGAUUUCGAGUAUCCUCUACGAGAUUAUAGUGGAAUAAUUAUACUUGAUAGUGUGUUCAUCGUUAUAAUUAUGUAAAAUUGUGUCGCCGAUCGCCGGACCGCAGCGGUAACCAUAGCAUCGCUUUAGAAAGCUACACAUAUCACUUUUAUAUAAAUUUGCGCGGUAUAGCGGUGAUGGCUGUUGGUUUAUUGGUUUGGCAGGGAGGAUUACUUCGAAUAUUUUGCAUUUUUCUAGUCUUAGAAACGACGUUGGUGUUUACUGCACGGCAUAUGGUGCUAUACUGAAUGCGUUGUCGGUUCAAAGCUGCCAUAUGCCGUGCGGCAGUAGAAUGUUUGUAGCGUAGCAGCAGUGCGGUACUGUCAAAUUGUAUUAUGAGUAUAUUUUUGCCUCAGCGGAAAUUGAAAAAGCGAUCAAGAAACAUCUGUCUAUUACGUCACACGCAGGAGGGAGGGUGUUACAAUAGCGGACUUUCAAAAAUCAUGAACUUUGGUGUGACCUAAUUUAUAGAUAGCCCCCUUAUGAAAUGUGCUAAGGAGAGAAAAUUUUGAUAUGUGCAUUUGGAAGAACCACCUUUCGUGGUAUUUCUACUAAGUUUCAAUAAAAGGUUAUUGGCUGUACGUAUAAAUAAAUAACAAAUAAGUCGGCAACACGUUUGUAGUACUUCUGGUAUUCUAGAUGUUGUUGAGCGGCUUAGCAACGCUUAGUAUAAGAAUUGCAUUCUCGCAAUCGUGGCUUCCUUUUCGAGUAUUGAAACACUAUAACGUCAAAGCAAAAUGUACCUAAUGUUACUCGUUUUAGAGUUGCAAUUUCUGUAAUCCUGGUUUUUAUUAGUCUUAAUGUGUACACUAAUUUGAGUUUUAACACGAGGCGAGCAUAUAAGUCUUAUACCACACGCUACCAUUUUGUUCUUUGGCGCUCUAUGUUUAUAGAAAUAAAGUUAAAAAUACAAUUAUGCUUAACGAUUAGCCAUAUACCGAAAUUGCUAUCAGCUCUCCAAGAAUCAGCUGUGACUUGCAGUAAGUAGCACUGCUAAAGCUUUGAAUUUGACAGCCGAGCUUCUGAUACGUGGCAUAUGGCGGCUAAGUUGAAUGCAUAUUUAGUGCUGUAUCAAUUGUUAGUUUGAUUUUAAAAAAAAGAAAGAUUAUUUUUCGUUCAUUUUUGAAGUAUAAACAGUUAUACAGCACUUGAUGCUAUUCGCCGGAGCACAAGAAUUCUUUAAAAGAAGUAAUGAUUAUAAUUAAUUUGCAGUAAGCACUGGUAAUUCUUGGUAUACGCAAUAAUGGAGGUUUGUGAUUCGAUUGUAGAUUUUGAUACUGUUGCAAUACUAUUAGAAUGUGAGAUUAUUUCAAGCUAUUGUAGCAUUAGGGGCAUUGUAGACCGAGCGUUUAACUGUUCAAGCAUUUUUCAUACGAAUCAUUAAAAUGUUAAUGUGAGCCGCAAUAGCACGUUACCUUUAAUGUUGUGCACUGACAUCCGAAUAGUCACAGAAUCAAAUCCCAGCCAAUAGGCCUAUUGUCGUACUUACUUCUAGCAAAAGCAAUACGCAUAGUAAGGGGGAAAAGUUUUUCAUAUUGUCGUACUUACUUCUAGCAAAAGCAAUACGCAUAGUAAGGGGGAAAAGUUUUUCAUUAUCUAUGUCUAAAAUAUUACAUGUUUUAUGCCAACUAAACAAUGUAUUGUUCCAAAUCAACGAAUGAGACAUUCGCGAGUAGUUUUGUAUUUAUUGUAACUGUUCGUGAAGAACAAUUAUUGAGAACCCAUGGAGUUUCCGGGAGCUUGCUGAAGUAAGAUUUUCAAAAGUCGAAAGUGUUCGUUUCUGCACACAGUUCUGACGCUCGGUCUGCGUUGUUGCAAAAUUUAGCGUUUUGCGUUUGCUCUACAGUUUUACUAUCAAUUUCGUUUAAAAUUUUACUUAUUACCUUUUAUAUUGUUUUGUUAAAUAGGAUGCAUAGGAGCUGGCCGGUGAUCAUUACAAAUUCGCGCUUGGUGUUAGAAUUACGCGCACGUUGUGAUGUUACAAAGAUUUUGCGCGGCGAUUUAACCGGUCAGUCCGGACGCGGCCUUAUAGUGGCGGCUUUCAGACGGCUUGUGGUCUGUGAGCUUGACUGGUCCUUCGAGAUCGCUUUGCCCUGUGAUGUGAAGGCCAAUAGAUAAUUUUGUAACAAAAGUGUAUAACUAACGAAUGUUUAAUUAUAUCUUUAGUGUAACUCUAACUUUACCACGUUGAAUAACUAUCUUUAAAAAAAAUAUAUUUUAUUAUUUAAUUGUUGCACUGAUUUUUGUUACGUUCAAUGUUUUAUUUUGUGUUUAAAAACCACCUGAAUAUUGUAAAUAGAUUGUAUCUUACUCCCUAUGUUUAGUUACUUGAUGUCGAAGACUUUUGUUUAUUUUAUGGAGAAUAUGGAUAAUGGCAUUCAAUGUGGAUGUACUGAUAAAUUAUUAUUAAAAAUAAUAUUGAUUUGUUUAAA